GCUCUUUGAAGGUGGAUUGUGUUUCGUUUAACGGUCGGUCAAACGAAUUAUUAUUGAAACCCAUAAUUUGUUUUUUUCUGUUUCUUUUUGUCGGAUAUUGAAAAAUUGUUUACGCGCGUAAUCAUCAAAUUAAAAAAUAAAGAAAUAUUACACCUUACGCCGGUGAUACAAAUUACCAACGUGUCUAAAUAAUAAAAAUAAAUCGCUAUCAACUUAUAACGGCAGUGCAUUGUCUGAUAUAAAAGCGGAACAAUGCUCGCCGGUUAUUGUUUACAGUUGCAAUUCGAAUCGAGCUCGAGUGAGUAAGUGAGUGAGUGAGAGGGGGUGGUGUUGAAUUAUCACUCGAAAUCAAGUGUAAUAUCAUAGUAAAUAUAAUAUUUUGUGUUUUUUUUUUUAAUUGUUGUUUGAAAUCCCUCUCUUGCAUGAGGUCCUGUUUGCCAUAAAAGAAAGUGUUGAAAAUAUCAAAUUAUAAAUAAAAUCUUCGGUUAGCAAUGGAAAAGUCCUUGCUAGUGUUUUUCUUAGCUUUAUUCGUUGUCCCCAACUGCAAUGCAGUUCAAAGGAUCUACGACUCGAAUAUCGGCAGUGGCGGUUACCACCAUCACAGUGGCGUCGAAGUCCUGCCGGGUUCCUCCUCCGCCAUGUCGUCCGAUUUAUUUCCCCAUCACAAUCGCUGUGAGCCCAUAACCAUAUCCAUUUGCAAGGAUAUUCCCUACAACAUGACCAUAAUGCCGAAUCUAAUUGGUCAUACGCGUCAAGAGGAAGCCGGUCUGGAAGUGCAUCAGUUCGCGCCACUUGUUAAAAUCGCAUGCAGUCCGGAUCUGCAGUUGUUCCUUUGUUCGUUGUACGUGCCCGUGUGCACAAUUCUUGACGAGCCGAUUCCGCCGUGUCGGAGUUUGUGCGAAUCGGCGCGUUUGUGCGAGGCUCUAAUGAAACACUACAAUUUUAAUUGGCCCGAAAACUUAGAGUGCACCAAGUUUCCAGUGUACGGAGGCGAUGGAUUGUGUGUGGCCGAAAAUACCACAGCAACGACGCCAUCACCGACUCGGGCAAAUCUGCCUCGAGUGACUCCACCGAGGAAGAAUGUCGCCGAAGCCCCACACCGGAAUAUUGGAUUUGUUUGUCCGGUUCAGCUCAAGACACCUUCGGGCAUGGGAUAUUCGCUUAAGGUUGGAGGAAAGGAAACUCGAGAUUGUGGAGCCCCGUGCCAUGCAAUGUUCUUUCCCGAAAAUGAAAGAACUGUCUUACGCUAUUGGGUUGGUUCUUGGGCGGCUGUCUGUGUUGCCAGUUGUUUAUUUACGGUGCUUACGUUCCUAAUCGAUUCAUCACGUUUUCGCUAUCCUGAGCGAGCUAUUGUCUUCUUAGCUGUUUGCUAUUUAGUGGUUGGUUGCGCUUAUGUUGCUGGUCUUGGAGCUGGCGAUUCAGUUGCAUGUCGUGAGCCAUUUCCUCCACCGAUUCGUCUUGGUCGUCUACAAAUGAUGUCAACUAUAACACAAGGACAUCGACAAUCGACUUCGUGCACUGUCCUAUUUAUGGCUUUGUAUUUUUGUUGCAUGGCUGCAUUUGCGUGGUGGUCGUGCUUGGCUUUGGCUUGGUUCCUUGCAGCUGGUCUUAAAUGGGGCCACGAAGCCAUUGAAAACAAGUCGCAUCUGUUUCACCUGGCUGCAUGGGCUAUUCCAGCAUUGCAGACGAUCUCAGUCCUGGCAUUGGCAAAAGUUGAAGGUGACAUCUUAUCGGGAGUUUGUUUUGUCGGACAACUAGACACACAUUCACUGGGCGUCUUCCUGAUUCUACCACUUUGUAUUUAUCUCUCGAUCGGGGCACUUUUCCUCCUCGCCGGAUUUGUGUCACUCUUCCGCAUACGCACCGUAAUGAAGACUGAUGGCAAACGUACCGAUAAACUCGAACGAUUGAUGCUUCGCAUCGGAUUCUUCAGUGGACUCUUCAUUUUGCCCGCUUUAGGUUUCCUCGGUUGCUUGUUCUAUGAAUACUACAACUUUGACGAUUGGAUGAUCCAAUGGAAUCGGGACAUGUGCAAAGUGUUCUCCAUUCCCUGCCCGCUUGUAAGGAAUAGUGCCGAAGAGGCUCGUCCAAUAUUUCAAAUCUACAUGGUCAAGUAUUUGUGUUCUAUGUUGGUUGGAGUGACAUCGAGUGUUUGGUUAUACUCGGGAAAGACAAUGGUCAGUUGGAGGAAUUUUGUUGAGAGGCUACAGGGCAAAGAACCACGAUCAAGAGCUCAAGCAUAUGUCUAGCCCCGAGUUUAAAUACAAAGUUGAAAAGAACACAAAAUAAUUGUACUAGCGCUGCGCAUUUGCGACACCUCUCCUCUGUGUAUAGUUUAAUCGAUGAUGGAUUAAAAAAUAAUAUUAAUAGUUUUAGCAUCACUGACGAUGACGAACAUGAUAAAUAGCGUGUGAUCGAACGCAUAUUGCUAUGAGACGAAACCAAAAUUUUGCUUAUAAUUUGAUAUCCUUUAAUGUAAAUUUA